AUGGAGAAAGAAGCUAACACGAUGGAGAGAGAUGACUCCUCCAUCGAGUUCAUGCCUAUCACCCAACGAACCGCCACCAUUAUCGAAGAUGAAAGAGAAAUUCAGCAGCUGGCAAAUAUCGCCUCCAGUAAGCUUGGUCGCACCCUGUCGGCCUCAGCAAGCAAAGGCGACCCUCGAUUAGAUCCCUCAAGCCCUGAUUUCGAUCACUAUCGAUGGGCUCAAACCGUGCUGGGGCAAAUGCACGAGGAGGGAAUUGAGGCGCCUCAGCAAGGUAUCGUGUUCAAAGACUUGUCAAUUAGUGGAUCGGGAGCAGCAAUUCAAUAUCAAGAAACUGUGACAUCGUCCAUUACUGUUCCCUUUCGCGCUGCUACAAGAGCUGCAACUGGUCGUUCCGUUCCACCUCGCCGCAUUCUACAGAGCUUCGAUGGCUUACUGCAGAGUGGCGAGCUUCUUCUUGUCCUGGGACGUCCUGGCAGUGGAUGUACUACAUUCUUGAAGACUAUUACUGGUCAUUUGGGAGGGUUGACAAUGGAUCCCAAUAGUACAAUUCAUUAUCAAGGUAUUUCGUUUGAGGACAUGAUCAAAUAUCAUCGUGGCGAAGUGGCGUACAACAAAGAGGUCGACCUUCACUUUCCUCACCUGACCGUGGGCCAGACCCUUUCUUUCGCCGCCCAAUCCCGAGCCCCCCAUAAACGACUCGAGGGAAUGAGCAGGACUGAAUUCUGCGAGACCCUUGUCAAAGUCGUCAUGUCUGUUUUUGGCCUAACCCACACCUUCAAUACCAAAGUGGGCAACAAUUUCGUCCGCGGUGUCAGUGGUGGUGAGCGAAAGCGAGUUAGCAUCGCUGAAAUGUUCUUGAGCCGUUGCCGUCUCGGAGCCUGGGACAACAGCACCCGUGGUUUAGACGCUGCAUCAGCUCUAAAGUUUGUCCGAUCUCAGAGACUUGCAGCAGACAUGGGCAAAUCUUGCCAUGCCAUCGCUGCCUACCAAGCAUCCCAAUCUAUGUACGAUUUGUUUGACAAGGUCGUCGUGCUUUACGAGGGACACCAAAUCUACUACGGUCCUCGUGAAGGGGCUGUUCCUUUCUUUGAAGCCCAAGGCUGGGUGCGACCUGAGCGUCAAGUUUCAGGAGACUUCCUGACAGCUAUCACCAAUCCUAACGAGCGUAUUGCCCGCGCUGGUAUGGAAGGGAAAGUACCUCGCUCAGCGAAGGAGUUUUCUGAAUACUGGAAAAAGAGCCCUGAAUAUGAAGCUUUGCGCAGUCAGAUCUUAACCUAUGAGCGGGACUACUCGCCCAGCGGCGACUCUGCCAAAAAGUUCCAACUGAGCCAUCAAGAACAACAGGCUCGCCAUACCCGUACCCGCAGUCCUUACCUUAUUUCUAUCCCUAUGCAGAUUCGUCUCUGUACCGUUCGAGCUUACCAGGGAAUGCUGAAUGACCUUCCUACCGCCAUGUCCCCGCUUGUGGUACAGUUGAUUCUAUCUUUGAUUAUCGGUUCCGUCUUCUACAACACCCCCGACACAUCAGCCUACUUCUUCCAAAAGGGUGGUGUCUGUUACUUUGCCGUCCUCAUGAAUGCCCUGCUUACGAUCAAUGAAAUUCUCCAAUUGUACGCUCAACGUUCCAUAGUGGAAAAACAAGCUGGCUAUGCAUUCGUUCACCCAUUCACCGAGGCCUUGGCUAGCAUCAUCAUCGACCUACCUAUCAAACUCGUUCGAAUCUCCAUUUUCAGUAUCGUGCUAUACUUCCUGGCUAAUCUACGCCGCGAACCUGGCAACUUCUUCGUCUUCUACCUCUUCCUGGUAUUCGCUGUUCUGACCAUGUCCGGAUUAUUCCGCAGUCUGGGAGCUCUCACAAAAUCAGUGGGUCAAGCGAUGGCAAUGGCAGGUGUUUUGGUUCUAUGUAUCGUCAUCUACACUGGAUUCACCUUGCCACAACCUUAUAUGCACCCCUGGUUCUCCUGGAUUCGUUGGAUCAACCCGAUUUUCUACGUCUUCGAGGCUCUCAUCGCGAAUGAAUUCCACGGCAAGAAUUAUGAUUGUUCUUCCAAGAUUCCUAGCUACGGUACCGGUGACAAUUUCAUUUGCUCUGCUGUUGGCUCGGUGGCAGGUCAGGAUUUCGUGAGUGGCGACGUAUUCAUCGCUGAAAACUACGGAUAUUACUACUCUCAUGUGUGGCGCAACUUUGGAAUCUUGAUUGCUUUCAUGAUCUUUUUCAAUGCCGUUUAUUUGGUUGCCACUGAGUUUAUCUCUCGCGAUACAUCGAAAGCCGAGGCAUUGGUAUUCAGACCUGGACAUGCGCCGCAGUAUCUGAAAGAAAGUCUCGAUUCCGAGAAUGGAGCUGCCGAUCUUACCAAGCUCGAAUUGCAACCGACAAAUGACACUAUUCGUCUCCCUCAACAAACUGAUGUAUUCUCCUGGAAAGGUCUCAACUAUGAUAUCCCCGUUAAGGAGGGUACCCGGAGAUUGCUUGAUGAUGUGAAUGGCUGGGUGAAGCCGGGAACAUUGACCGCAUUGAUGGGUGUUUCUGGAGCUGGAAAGACAACGCUUCUUGAUGUUCUCGCGCAGAGAGUUUCAAUUGGUGUGGUUACCGGAGAUGCCUUUGUGAAUGGAAAGCUCCCUGCCACCAACUUCCCUCGGCGAACCGGUUACGUCCAGCAGCAGGACCUUCAUAUGGAUACUACCACUGUUCGUGAGGCUCUUCGAUUCAGUGCAAUUCUUCGACAACCAAGAGCCGUAUCCAAGCAAGAAAAGUACGAAUAUGUCGAGCAGGUCAUCAAGGUGUUAGGUAUGGAGGACUUUGCAGAAGCGGUCGUAGGAUCCCUCGGAGAAGGUCUCAAUGUUGAACAGCGCAAGCUUCUUAGCAUUGGAGUUGAACUCGCAGCCAAGCCAACCCUUUUGAUUUUCCUCGACGAGCCGACCAGUGGUCUCGACUCUCAAAGCUCCUGGACAAUUUGUCAAUUCCUGAGACGCCUGGCAGACCACGGCCAAGCGGUCCUUGCAACCAUCCAUCAGCCCAGCGCAACUUUGUUCCAGACAUUCGACCGUCUUCUAUUCCUAGCUAAAGGAGGUAGAACUGUCUACUUCGGUGACGUUGGAAAGGAAUCUGCCUCCCUCUUGAACUACUUCGAGCGCAACGGAGCUCGUUCAUGUGAAACACUUGAAAACCCCGCCGAGUACAUCCUUGACAUGGUGGCUGGAGACGGAUGCCCCGGUGUAGACUGGGUUAAAGCCUGGAAAGAAAGCCCAGAAGCGCAGGAAGUUAUCGCCGAGGUUGACCGUCUUCAUUCUCCCAAAAUCUCAGGAGAAACAUCUUCUACCCACUCCAGCGAGUAUGCCGAUGAUGACAAUACCGAGUUUGCUAUGCCUAUUUCGACUCAACUUUGGGUUGUUCUUGGCCGUUGCUUCCAAGGUUAUUUCCGUCGACCAGACUACAUCUACUCCAAGUUUAUUCUGGGUAUUGUGUCUGGUCUCUUCAUUGGUUUCAGUUUCUAUGCCGCGGACAGCUCUGUACAGGGUUUCCAAAACGCACUCUUCGGUAUCUUCUUGCUUUGCACUAUCUUCAAUACAAUGGCCAAUGCCAUCAUGCCGAAUGUGGUAGCACAGCGAUCCCUGUAUGAGGUUCGCGAACGUCCAUCACGAACCUACUCAUGGACUGUCUUCAUCAUCUCCCAGAUUCUAGUCGAGGUUCCCUGGCAAUUCGCUCUCGGUGUCUGUUCCUGGGCAUCCUUCUACUGGGCUGUCUUCGGAACAGGACAAACCUCCCAGCAGACUGUGAUCGUGCUGUUGUUCAUUUGCCAAUUCUUCAUGUACGCAGCUAGCAUGGCCCAAUUCGUGGUCUGUUCCAUCCCCGAACCUACUCUCGCCGCCAUGAUCGCCACCCUCAUGUUCGGUCUCUCCUUCGUCUUCAACGGAGUCAUGCAACCACCCGGUGACCUACCCCGUUUCUGGAUCUUCAUGUACCGAGUUUCUCCAUUCACCUACUACAUUGCUGGUAUCGCGGGUACAGCACUACAUGGGCGCGAUGUUCAGUGUAGCAGCGUUGAACUCAAUGUCUUUGACCCGCCAUCAAACAUGACAUGUGGCGAUUACAUGUCCAAGUACCUAGAGGUCGCGAGCGGAGCAAUUUACAACCCGGACGCCACGUCGAACUGUCAAUACUGCAGCAUGGCAAGCGCGGAUGAUUACCUCGCUACCCGAGAAAUCUACUACGGUGACAGGUGGCGCGAUUAUGGUAUUUUCUGGUGCUACUUUGUUUUCAACAUUUUUGGCGCAAUUGUUUUGUACUAUCUGUUCCGAGUCAGGACCUCCAAGGCCAAGGUUGCUCGGGGAUAG